AUGACCCCCGAGGCGUGCGAGGAGCACCUGCGCCAGCUGUUCCGGGAAUUCGAACAGGCCCCCCCCGCCGGGGCGCCCCCCGGGCCGGACGCCGCGCUGGCCGGGCUCCUGGUCCACGACUCGCACCUGGCCGCCUUCCUCCACCAGCCGCAGGGCAUCCUGCCCGAUGUGGGCAUCAGCCUGAGCUGCCGGCCGCCGGGCCGCGAGGAGGGCGCCACGACGGAGCCCCCGGCCGCCGGCUUCGCUUCGGCCACCCACGCGCGGGCCCUUUCCACCUUCGCGCUGGGGCCCCAUUCGCCGGGCGGUGCGGCCGGGGCCCGGCUGCACGUGCGCAUCGAGCUCCGGCCCGGGCACCUGCGCACCCGAGCCGACGUGCUGGAGGCCCUGCGCCAUGAGGCGGUCCAUGUGUUCGACGCGCGAGCGGUGCUGCCGGCCCGGGAGGCCGAUGUCCCCGGGCCCGGGGGCCCCUCCCCGGGGGUGGCCAUCCCCUGCCAGCUGGCCGCCUGCAGCGAGAUCCGCGCCUGUGCCUGGACCGACUGCCGGCACAAGAUCCAGUAUGCCGGGCUGCUGCCCGGGGGCCUGGCCGAGGAGCUCGGCGCACUGGAGCGGUGCGUGCGCCGGUGCGCCGGGCUGGCGGCCGCCGGCGCCUGCGCCCACCCGGACCUCGCCAUCCGGGCCGCCUGGCCGCAGUGCUUCCUGCCGCUGGGCCAGUUCCUGGCCCGAGCCCAGGCCCAGCUGCCAACGGAGACAUGA